AUGAGAAUUCUAAGAGGUCCAAUUCCAAUAUAGAGUAAGUACUAUUUAGAUUUUAUUAGAAGAUGUGGCAAUCUAAUAAUCAAGUUAAGGUGAUACAGGUUAAAAAAAUACAAUUUAAGAGAGGAGACUUUAUGAAGAUUUGGUUCUAGAUUAAAAGUGUAUCAAUUUGAAAGACAUAAUAAAGCUAUAUCAUAAUAAAUUCUACACAUUAUAACUUUUUGGAAUCAUCAUGAAGUAGAGUGCUUUAAGGGGUCAAAAUUAUUGGACUUUGUAUGGCUUAUUGAAAUGA